ACUGCGAUGAGCACCAGUCUUCGGUAGAUCACUCGAUUGAUCGGUGAAAGUUUUUCGUUCCCAUUUUUUUCAAGUAGUUUUCUUAACUUCUGUUAUGAUUCUCUACUUCUUUAAGUGAUCGUGCUCAGUGCAAGUGAUUGAAAAAUAUUUAAACUUAAUUGUUUUUUUCUCUUAAAAGUGAACAUCGGUUUGGAUAUAGUGUCUUCCAAAAUUAAACCACCAAUUGAUGAACAUUCUUUCAUUGACGUCCAUCCCAUUUGCUUCAUCUCAUCGUGAAUUGAACCCGAGCAAAGAUAUAAGAAUUGAUUUCGAGUAAAUUCAAUCAUCCAAUAUGAACAACCCUAGAGCAGGCUACGGGCAACCGCUACCUUCCAACAUGUCCCCGCAAAUGAUGAUGGGUCGCAUACAACCAUUCCCGCACAUUCUCCUGAAUAAUCACCUCUCGAUAUCACCUCGACAAAUGAAUGGUUACAUGCUGCAACAGGGAUCUCAGGAGUCCAAUAAUAAUAAUAAUAAUAUUAAUAACAAUUAUUUCCAACUUGGACAACAAAAUGGAUUCACUUCAAAUGGAUUUAUAUAUGGGCAGCCCUCUCCUCCGUAUUCGACGUCUACAUCUCCGGCACUGUCGCAAAACAGUUCGACUUUUGAAGAUAAUUACAGGGGUGGUAAUUUGCCACAGGGCCAAUGCAAUUCUGAUACCGAAGUUGGUCGCACGAGUAAUUUUUUACUAGCAAGGCCGCCUUCAAUUUCACUCGAACAAUAUAAUUUUAUAAUGCAAACUACUCAACAUUACGAAAACUAUUACAACCGUUCUCUGCCUGAUACUCAAAAUAAUGUCGCUAAAAAAAUUGCCGAACAGAAGGAGAAACGUCAAAAAAAAGAAAUCAAAAAGAGAUCAAAUUUAGUAGAACAACGUAUGAGUAACGCUACUGGUGAAUCUGGACCUCGUGAAGAGCAGUAUAUGAAUUAUCUAAUGCGAGCAAAUGACAUAAUAGCACGCAAAAUAAUGUACAAAGAACAGCGUCAACAAGUCCAGCAACAACGAUCGUAUCAACGACAACAGCAACAACAACAAGUCGAGAUACAACAAUUACCACAAUCAGGCCAAGACGCGUCUGCUGAUAUUCAUGUGGAUGAAAACAUCAUGGAUGAAAAUACUUUGAGUCCAAUGAAUGAUGGGCAGCAAGAUUCUUUUUGUAACGAAAACUCAGAUGGCGUAAGUGAAUCUGAUGGAGGAGGAACAGCUCCCGUGAAAAUAAUAGAUGAAAAGGCUUACAAAACGGAACCGGGUUGGUCCGUUCCAAAGAUCGAUAAAAAGGGAGAAGUGUGUAUGAUUAAGUGCAGAGAUUGUGACUCCAAAUUUGAGACAAAAGUCGAGAUGUGGACUCAUCUUAGAAAGCAGCACAUUGAGCCAGCGAAGUUGGUUACAUGUACUAUGCAAUUCUGUGCCUUCGUGACGGACGUAAAACAUCAUUUACAAUAUCACGUAUGUUUGCAUACCGGAGAAAGAAAUUUCGGGUGUGACCAGUGUCCAUAUCGUUGCAUUAAUAAAGCUAUGCUGAAAAGUCAUAAGAAAUCGCACUCUCCCAAUUACGACUACUACUGUGCUGACUGUCCUUCAAGGUCAAAGUUUCAUCAUGCAAUUAAACAGCAUCUCGAGGAGACAGGACAUCGCCAAGGUCUUACGUACGACGAAGAUGGUAACCUAUGUGAUAAAAUAAUUGAUGUCUACGGAAAACGUAGAGGACCCAGAAAGGCAACCAAGAAAAAAUCUGAUACCACCGUAGAACCAGUGGCUGCUAUCCCAGCUCAAGUCGAACAUGACAAUAACGCUCCCCUGGAUCUUAGUAAAAAGGGUUCAAAUAACACCGCAAUUAACUUGAGUACAACUACAGUUGAAAUUCACUCGAGGCCAUCUACAGCUGAAAUUCACUCGAGGCCAACUACAGUUGAAACUGUAGCCACUCCAACCGAAAGCUCACCGAGAGUUUCUGGUGCCAGCAAACGCAAGGGUAAAGCUGUCAAGUGUGUCCGCAAACAAGUAGAACAUAAAAAUCAUGAAUUCAAUAGCAUUAUUGCAAUCAAAGAAGAGCCCGUCGACGUUGCAGAACCCGAAAUCGGAAAUUACUAUUGAUAACACUAUCGGAGAUCCACGUAAGUGGAAUUUUUGUUAGAAAUUUUAUGACAAUGUGUUUUCAUUUUAUAAACACAUUGGCAUUGAGUUUCAAAAUUUGUAAUUUCGCAACCAGAGUCAGGGAUAUGCGUAAAAAUUUAAAUAUUAUAUACGCACAUUAAGAAAGCGUCGAAAAAUUCCACUGAUUGAAAUUAUCUCUAUUAAAAUUACUGUCGUAAUUAUUAUCACCAUUAUUAUAACUGUUUACUGCGGCGGUAAAAUAAACUUUGUUUGUUUAUUUUACAGCUGCCAGUUGUGACAGUAAAAUAAACAUCAAAGUUUAUCUAGUCGGACCUGAAACAAUAUACACUUAAUACAUUGUUAUAAGCCUCCUUGUUUUUACUUGCAAUGAUAAUUAGCAUUAUCUGCGUAGGUAAUCACAACCGUAGUAAAAAAAUAAAUUAACAAUGUAUUGAAUGUAUAUUAUUCAGUGCAGUAUUACAACAAUAGCUUUUUUCCUAAUGAUUAUCUAUCAAUCAUUAAUAUCGUGAUUUAAGUCUAGAAUAUUUUAAAUUCAAAAUCUAAAUUAUAUUUAUUAUUAUUAUUUUUUUUUUCUGAAUUUACUUUAUUUACUUUAAUUUAUUUUUUAUUUUCUUAUGAGAAUUGAAAGAGGAUUCAAUUUUGGUAAAAGUAAAAUGUAAUGUACAUUUCAAAUAUUUUUGUUUUAUAAGUUUUUCAUUUUUUUUUUUUUCAUAAUUUUGCAUACUAAAUUUUAAUAAACCGUAUGAUGAUAAAUGUCAAUCAUAAGUAUUUGUGAUAGGAGCACUUACAAAAAAGAACUUGAAAAAAAACAGUAAUGUUCUUUUUGUACAAAAUAAUUUAAGGUUUAUAAAAUAAGAUUUUACUUUUAAAUUUCUAUAAUUAGAAAUUUCUGGUGAUUUGUUUAAUAUUAUAAUUGAUUAUUCUUUUAAGUUUCAUUUUUUCAAUCAGUGGAAAAUUAGUCUUAUAAUUUUAAAAAAAAAUUAAAAAAUUAUAUUAUUAAAAAAAAAUUAGAUUAAUGGUUCGAGACAUGUAUUAGAUAUUAAUGGUUAUAUAAAAUAACGUGGAUGUUCUGAUAAAAAAAAUAUUCAUAUAGUUAACGUAGUCGAGGGAUCUCGCUGAGAACUUGAGACUGAUAGUAAAAUUCUUCUCGCGCGAUUGUUUAAAAUGAAGUAUACGAACAAUAAUGAUAUUAAGUCGGUAUUAGCAUCGCUCGUUUUUUCGUGCUGACCACCUAAUAUUAUUUUGUUCGCUUCAUUUCGCGGAAUCUGAAAAAAAAAAUUUUUUUUAAUUAAAAAAAAAAAAAAAAAGUGUUUCUUAAAAGUAAUAUAAAAAAAUAUUUUUUAAGUAAGAAAUAAUUUAUCAGUAAAAAUUUCAGGUUGUGGGAAAAAAAACUAAUAAAACAAAAUAUUAAAAAAAAAUUAUUUAUAAAAAACAAUAAAAAUAAAAAAAAAAUCAAGAGACAAUAAUUAAAUGUUUAUAUAUAUAUAUAUAUAGAUAUAUAUUCUUAAAUAUUAUAAUAAGUUGCUAUGUAAAGAAUUAAUUACAUUUAUAUAAUUUGUAUAAAGAAAAAUUUUUGUAUAUAUUUUAUAAAAUUUUUCUAUUAAACUUAAGUUGAACUUUUAUAUUUUUGCAAUGCUGAUAAAAUUAAUAUCAUUAUAUUAAUAUUUAAUCUGUAUUUAUAAAUAUUAAUAUGAUGAAUAGAAUUAUAUUUUCUAUAGUGUUGUAAUAUAAGUAAAAAAAAUGUAAAUUAUUUGAAAUUUACUCAUUAUGUCAGCAUUGCAAUUCAUUAAUUAGCUUGUAAUAUUAUUUGCAAUAUUAUUACUUCGAGCUUUGACUGAAUUUUAUUAAAAAAUUUCUGGACGUCUAUUCGUCAGUAAAGUUCAGUCGGAGAUAUUCGAUAUUUGAUCAUGAGUUUUGGCUUAAAGAAAUUUUUUAUAGAGAACAAUUUCUAUACUGAGUGAAUUUCACCGAAAAUUAGUCGCUUUUUCAAUCGAUUUCUCUGAGCAAAGAAUCGAUUCUUUUUCACCGAAAUUCAGUCAUUGGACGUGUUCGGCUGAACUGAAUCAUUGACUAAACUUAGUAAGAACUAGUAUAAUAAAAGCAUCGCUAAGUUUACUCAUGACUAACUUCCGCCAAAAACGGCCAUUAGUUUUUCAAGUUUUGAAUUCUCGCUCAAAAUUUUGAAUUCAAUUCGCGAAGACUAGACAUCUUUAAGCUAAAAUUUUUUAGUUGAAUGAGUCAGAACUCCAGGAGUAUAAGUGACAAAAAAAUUUAUUUUUCCAAAAAAAAAAAAAAUCUCAAUUUAAAAUUACCUGCAUCUGAAAUCAAAAUUUUUUUUGUCAUUUUUAUUCCUUCAGUUCUCACUCCUUCAAUUAAUAUAGAAUAAUUAUAAUAGAUUAGAGACUUAAAGUGAGAAAUGUAUAUUACAAUAACAGAGAAAAAAUUAAAAUGAAAUUAUGUAUUUUGAUCUAACAUUCUA